UUUCUCCUCUCAACCCGCUUCUCUCUCCUCUUCCCCUCACUGUCCACUAUUUUUCCCGACAAAGUCCUCGUCCCUCAACUUUUCCUCUCAACUCCCAGAUGGACCCGCGUCGAACCCCGCGCACAGUGAUCGAUCCAAAGGUUCGCCAAGUCGGGUUCUUCACCCCUCCUCAGCCGGACCCGAUCUCUCAUCCUUCCCCUCCGCUUCCGGACCUCUCUCCUUCUGGUAACUCCCUCUCCCCCGUUAUGAUCCCCCCUCCUCGCCACACUUCCUCCGACCCCUUCCUCAUCCGAGCCGUUGCCACCUCCCCAACAUCAAUUUCGUACACAAGCCGCGAUUUUCCUGACGAACCUCCUCUCUCCCCCGCUCUCUCCUCCAAGGUCAAUUUUGUAAAAUCCCCCGUUGCUCCAACCUCAGCUCUGUCCUCCUCAUUUCCCGGUGUAGGGCCCGAUUCCGUGGCGACCAAGGCUAGCAGCAUUCCUUCGAGCCAGCUGACAACCGUCUCUCUUGUCAAUCUGCCUCCCGGCAUAUGUGAGAAGCCCAGUGGAGGGGCAACUGAAGUGCAAAAGGAACGACCUGCAAAUUCAAAGCCAUUGAAGGAGAAAACCUCUAAAGCAGAAAGGCGUGCCCUUCAAGAAGCCCAAAGGGCUGCAAAAGGAAAUAAGGUGCCUGGUGGUGCGUCUGAGUUAGCAACUUCAGCACAUGGAAAACCAGCUAAAGUCACAAAGCCUCCUUCACAGAAGGGUGAUAAUGCUACAGUUGGAUCUUUAGACAGGAAGGGCGGUGAUCGCCCACCUGAGAAAGAUAGAAAGAAAGAUGUGCCUCAUCCACGCAUGCAGUAUGAUGAUAAAAGUCGAGUGGAGAAAGCAAAGAGGCGUGCUGUGGUAAAACAAACAGAAGCUAGGAACAUUGUUGAAUUAUUCAGGCAUUUGCCGCAAUAUGAACAUGGAACUCAACUUCCCAAUCUUGAGUCAAAGUUUUUUCAACUCGACCCAAUGCAUCCUGCUGUUUACAAGGUUGGAUUACAGUAUUUAUCUGGAGAUAUAUGUGGUGGCAAUGCUCGCUGCAUUGCCAUGCUUCAAGCAUUCCAAGAGGUCAUUAGAGACUAUUCAACACCACCUGAGAAAACACUAACUAGAGACUUAACUGCAAAAAUAAGUACUUAUGUUUCUUUUCUGAUAGAAUGCCGACCCCUCUCAGUGAGUAUGGGAAAUGCAAUCAGGUUUCUAAAGAAUAGAAUCACCAAGUUGCCUUUGGCUAUAUCAGAGUCAGAAGCCAAAGCAACUCUUAAGGCAGAUAUUGAUCGUUUCAUAAAUGAGAAAGUGAUACUUGCAGACAAGGUGAUAGUGAAGCAUGCUGUUACAAAGAUAAGAGACAAUGAUGUUCUUCUCACAUAUGGCUCAUCUUCUGCAAUUGAAAUGAUACUAUUGCAUGCCCAUGAGCUUGGCAGAAAGUUUCGUGUUGUGGUAGUGGAUUCCCGUCCAAAACUUGAAGGACAACUACUUCUUCGUAGACUGGUGGGAAAGGGCAUUAGCUGUACAUACACUCACAUCAAUGCUGUUUCUUACAUCAUGCAUGAAGUUACCCGAGUUUUUCUGGGUGCUUCGUCAGUUCUGUCUAAUGGAACAGUUUACUCAAGGGUCGGGACUGCAUGUGUUGCUAUGGUUGCUCAUGCGUUCCGUGUGCCAGUGCUAGUAUGCUGUGAAGCAUAUAAAUUUCAUGAAAGGGUACAGCUUGAUUCAAUAUGCUCCAAUGAGCUUGGUGAUCCAGAUGACAUUUCAAAGGUUGAUGGUAGAAAGGAAAUUAACUACUUGGAUGGCGGAAGCAGUAGUGACAAUUUACAGCUUCUGAAUCUGAUUUAUGAUGCAACACCUUCAGAUUAUAUUUCAAUGAUAAUCACGGAUUAUGGCAUGGUACCUCCUACAAGUGUGCCUGUCAUUGUACGUGAAUAUCUGAAAGAACACCUGCUGAUUUAGGUGGAUCAUAAUGAAUGAGGGAGCCUUCCCAAAAUUUUGCCCAUCUUGAUAUAUAUUUGUCCAGCCAAUCAAGGGAAUAAAAGGGUAGAAAUCUUUUUUCGCAUGUUAGCCCUCUUCUUUUUCUCAUUCCUGAAUAAUGCCAUCCAGUGUUUGAUAUUUUGCCCUCUUUACCUGUCUGAGAAGAGUGCAAUUCUGAUGCCUCUCCGGACAGAUCAGUUAUACAAUCUUUGCUUCUUUUGAUGAAGCCUCCUCCAUCCAUGCUGUGAAACAAUUAGAAUCUUGAAGCAAAUGUGACGGUUUUGUUGCUUAAGAUUUUGGAUAAACGUUAUGGAAUUACAUGUGUACUGUUAUUCAGCAACCUGAAAAUAUUGGGGACAUCUUUAGUUCCAUUUUUCUUUUUCCUCUAUGGUUUAUAUAUUCGCUCGUUUAGGUUUGUCUACCAGUGCGGGCAGUCUGCUCGGUGGCACUUGUGCUCCCAUGAGAAGAUUCUGUUGUGGGUUUGAUCCACUUAUUACCAUAAAUUUCAUCAUGUUUUACCAA